CAAGGAAACAAUGAGAAAAAUCCAAGUAUGAUUCCAGGCUUGGGAAGCUGAGCGAAUGAAAAUCGAAACCUCCUAAAUUCUAUUUGAAUUAUUAUCUUUUUCUCUAGCUAUCUUUUUCUCAUUCAAGCAAUUUCCAAAUGAGCAGAUGUGGCUAUAUGACGCUGGAAAUAUUCUUCAGCUGAGACCUAACAGAAAACUGAUGUGAAGAAAUGGCAUCUGGGGCCCAAAGCUCGGGAUUUCGCCUAUCCUCUGUAGUAGCCUGCUCAGAGCCCGCUGUCCAGCAAGCUAUUGGUCACCGGAGCCGGGAAGAGCCUGGAAGAGCUCCGCACGAGGGGCGGGAGGACCCGGCCUGGUCCAGGCGGAGCAUUGCUCGUCGCCAUGGCAACCUCAGGAGCUGCAAACAGCCCGGCAAGCCCGGCGACGCGCGGCCAGAGUGGACUCCGGGGACAGCCGCCGGCCAGGGACAGCGUGGGCAGCGGCUGCGCCGGGGUCUCUGCACUGGGCGGCGGCCACGGUGCGGCGAGUCCCUGCGGAGCGCCGCAGCGCAGCGCCAUGGACAAGCUGCAAAGACUGAAGGAAGAGAAAGAAGCCAAGCGGGCUCGUUUGGAUGGGAGACACGACCACUUAUUUGCAAUCGUAGCUUCCUGCUUGGACCUGAACAAAUGCGAAGUGGAAGAUGCCAUUCUUGAGGGCAAUCAGAUUGAAAGAGUUGAUCAACUUUUUGCUGUUGGAGGUCUCCGUCACCUCAUGUUUUACUAUCAGGACGUGGAGGUAGCAGAAACAGGACAACUUGGCUCUCCAGGAGAAGUAAAUCUUGUUUCUGGAAAGAUUAAAAAACCUAAGGUGUUCGUGACUGAGGGAAAAGAUGUGGCCCUUACAGGAGUGUGUGUGUUCUUCAUCAGGCCCGACCCAUCCAGAGCCAUCACUCCGGAGAACAUCCACCGGGAGGUGAGCUUUAACAUGCUGGACACUGCAGAUGGGGGGCUGCUAAACAGCGUGCGACGUUUGCUCUCCGACAUCUUCAUUCCUGCCCUCAGAGCUUCAAGCCAUGGCUGGGGUGAGCUCGAGGGUCUUCAGGACGCAGCCAGCCUUCGCCAGGAGUUCCUGAGCUCUCUGGAAGGCUUUGUCAAUGUCUUGUCUGGUGCACAGGAGAGUUUGAAGGAGAAGGUGAGCCUUCAAAAGUGUGACAUAUUUGAACUGAAAUCCCUGAAGGAGCCUAUAGACUACCUGACUGUAGCUAGUAACCCUGAGACUUUGGAAAAAGUAGAAGCUUGUGUGAAAGUAUGGAUCAAGCAGAUGGAACAGGUCCUUGCUGAAAACAAUCAGCUGCGCAAAGAAGCAGAUGACGUGGGGCCCCGAGCAGAGUUGGAGCACUGGAAAAAGAGACUCUCUAAAUUUAACUACCUUUUGGAUCAACUGAAAGGCCCGGAUGUGAGGGCCACGUUGGCUGUGCUUGCUGCAGCCAAGUCCAAACUCCUGAAGGCUUGGCGGGAGACGGAUAUUCGAAUCACUGAUGCAGCUAAUGAAGCAAAGGACAAUGUCAAAUAUUUGUAUACACUUGAGAAAUGCUGUGACCCUUUGUACAACAGUGAUCCCAUAUCUAUGAUUGAUGCUAUUCCUACACUUAUAAAUGCAAUUAAAAUGAUCUACAGCAUCUCUCACUACUAUAACACCUCUGAGAAGAUCACAUCUCUAUUCAUAAAGGUGACAAAUCAGAUGAUAUCUGCAUGUAAAGCCUAUAUUACCAACAAUGGAACCACUUCCAUCUGGAACCAGCCACAGGAUGUUGUUAUGGAAAAAAUAUUAUCAGCAAUUAAACUGAAGCAGGAAUACCAGCACUGCUUUCACAAGACAAAACAAAAGCUUAAAGAAAAACCAAGUGAAAAACAAUUUGAAUUUAGUGAAAUAUAUAUUUUUGGAAAAUUUGAAACUUUCCAUCGACGCCUUGCCAAGAUAAUGGACAUCUUUACAACCUUCAAGACGUAUUCAGUCCUGCAAGACUCUAAGAUUGAAGGGCUGGAAGACAUGGUCACUAAAUACCAGGACAUUGUUGCAACCAUAAAGAAAAAGGAAUAUGAUUUCUUAGACCAUCGGAAAAUGGAUUUUGCACAGGAUUAUGAAGAGUUUUGCAGGCAGACUAAUGACCUUCAUAAUGAAUUGCAGAAGUUCAUGGAUGUUACAUUUGAGAAGAUUCAAAACACAAAUCAAGCUCUAAGUAUGUUAAAGAAAUUUGAGAGAUUGAAUAUACCUAAUCUUGGUAUCGAUGACAAAUACCGACUGAUCCUGGAGAGUUACGGGGCUGACAUUGGUAUGAUUUCAGAGCUCUACACAAAGCAGAAGUAUGACCCUCCUCUGGCUCGGGACCAGCCCCCCAUCGCAGGGAAGAUCUUGUGGGCCCGCCAACUCUUCCACAGGAUCCAGCAACCCAUGCAGCUCUUCCAGCAGCACCCGACAGUGCUGAGGACAGCUGAGGCCAAGCCGAUUAUCCGCAGUUACAACAGGUUGGCCAAGGUCCUCCUGGAGUUCGAGGUCCUCUACCACAGGGCGUGGAUUCAACAGAUCAGAGAAGUUCACAGAGGUCUUGAGGCUUCUUUGCUGGUGAAGGCUCCAGACACUGGGGAGCUGUUUGUGAACUUUGAUCCUCAGAUAUUCGUCUUAUUUAGAGAAACAGAGUGCAUGUCACAGAUGGGUCUGGAAGUGUCGCCAUUUGCAGCUGCCCUCUUCCGGAAACGGUAUAUAUACAAAAAGAACUUCAGUAACAUGAAGAUGAUGCUGUCUGAAUACCAGAGAGUGAGGUCAAAAAUGCCCCCUGCCAUUGAGCAACUGAUGGCCCCCCAUCUGGCUAAAGUGGACAGAGCUCUCCAGCCAGGCUUGGCUGCGCUGACCUGGACAUCGCUGAAUAUUGAGGCAUACUUAGAAAACACUUUUACAAAGAUCAAGGACCUGGAGCUGCUGCUUGACAGAGUCAAGGAUUUGAUUGAGUUCCGCAUCGACGCCAUUCUAGAGGAAAUGAGCGGCACCCUGCUUUGUCAACUCCCCCAGGAGGAGCCACUCACCUGUGAAGAGUUUCUCCAAAUGACAAAGGACCUUUGUGUAAAUGGUGCUCAGAUACUCCAUUUUAAAAGCUCAUUAGUGGAGGAAGCAGUCAAUGAGCUCAUCAACAUGUUGUUGGACCAGCAAGUUCCACCCAAGGAGGAAAAAGUGUUCAAUGAGAAUCAUAUUGAUUCAAAAAGUGAAACUUCAGCAAAAAGAGAGGAAGGAACUUCUGAUGCCUUGACAUCGUCCCUUAAUGCUGGGGCUGGCCCACUGUCUUUGACAGCAAUUCCCAAAAAGAAGAAACAGCCUGAGAUGGUGGAGGCGGCCUGCGAGUUGCUCUCUCAUUUCAACCACCAAAACGCAGAAGCUCUUCUGAAAGUGACCAGGAACACUCUAGAGGCCAUUCGCAAGCGCAUCCAUUCCUCCCACGUGAUGAAUUUCCGGGACAGCAAUAGUGCAUCUAAAGCAAAGCAGAACAAUCUGCCUAUUUUCCGAGCAAACAUCACUCUGGCCAUUCCCAACAUUGCCAUGGCGCCUGCCUUGGAAGACGUACAGCAGACCCUGAACAGAGCUGUGGAGUGCAUUGUCAGUGUGCCCAAGGGGGUCAGACAAUGGAGCAGGGAGCCCUCGUCCAAGAAAAAGGCACAUGAAAGAAAAAUGGCUGCCCUGCACAAUAAUGAAGAGAGUGAUUCUGAGGUCGAAAUGGAAGACAAUGAACUUCAAGAGACGAUUGAGGUGGCAUCUGUGACCUUACCCAUUCCAGUGCAACCCAAGAACUAUUAUAAGAAUGUGUCCGACAAUAAGGAGAUUGUAAAAUUAGUCUCUGUGCUGAGCACAAUCAUCAGCUCUACCAAAAAGGAAGUCAUUACAUCCAUGGAUUGCUUCAAACGCUACAAUCACAUUUGGCAAAAGGAGAAAGAAGAGACCAUUAUGACAUUUAUUACGCAAAACCCUUUGCUUUCUGAAUUUGAGUCCCAGAUUCUGUAUUUCCAAAACCUGGAGCAGGAAAUUAAUGCUGAGCCUGAAUAUAUCUGUGUGGCUUCCAUUGCACUGUUCACAGCUGACUUGAAAUUUGCCCUAACCACGGAGACAAAAGCCUGGAUGCUUGUCAUCGGCCGCCACUGUAACAGAAAAUACAGGAGCGAGAUGGAAAGCAUCUUCACCCUGGUGGAAGAAUUCAGUAAGAAACUGAGUCGUCCAAUUAAGGACCUAGAUGAUAUUCGGAUCGCGAUGGCCACCCUGAGAGAAAUCAGGGAGCAGCAAAUCCCCAUCGACUUUCAAGUAGGACCCGUCGAGGAAUCCUAUGCCCUGCUUAACAAAUACGGACUUCUGAUAGCCAAGGAAGAGAUGGACAAGGUUGACACUCUGCGCUAUGCUUGGGAGAAGCUCCUGGCACGUGCCAGCGAAGUUCAGAAUGAACUGGUCUCUCUACAGCCUGGUUUCAGGAAAGAGCUUAUCAGCACUGUAGAGGUCUUCCUCCAAGACUGUCACCAGUUUUAUCUGGACUAUGAUUUGAAUGGUCCGAUGGCCAGUGGCUUGCAGCCUCAGGAAGCCAGUGAUAGGCUUAUCAUGUUUCAGAAUCAGUUUGAUAAUAUCUAUCGGAAAUACAUCACCUACACUGGUGGAGAGGAAUUGUUUGGUUUGCCUGUGACGCAGUAUCCCCAGCUUCUUGAAAUAAAGAAACAACUAAAUCUGCUGCAGAAAAUAUACACACUGUACAACAGUGUCAUAGAAACGGUCAAUGGCUAUCAAGAUAUCCUUUGGUCGGAAGUGAAUAUUGAAAAAAUCAACAGUGAGCUCUUAGAAUUCCAGAACAGGUGUCGGAAGCUGCCCCGGGCACUAAAGGACUGGCAGGCUUUUUUGGACCUGAAGAAGACCAUUGAUGAUUUCAGCGAGUGCUGCCCCCUGCUGGAAUACAUGGCCAGUAAAGCCAUGAUGGAGAGGCACUGGGCGAGGAUCGCCACUGUCACUGGGCACAGUCUGGAUGUGGGGAAUGAAACCUUCAAGUUGAGAAACAUCAUGGAGGCACCUCUUCUGAAGUACAAAGAGGAAAUAGAGGACAUCUGUAUCAGUGCAGUGAAGGAGAGAGACAUCGAACAGAAGCUGAAGCAAGUGAUCAAUGAAUGGGACAGCAAAACAUUCACAUUUGGCAGUUUUAAAACCCGCGGAGAGCUUCUCCUGCGAGGAGACAGCACCUCAGAAAUCAUCGCCAACAUGGAGGACAGUUUGAUGUUGCUGAGUUCUCUCCUGAGCAACAGGUACAACAUGCCAUUCAAAGCCCAGAUUCAAAAGUGGGUUCAGUACCUUUCCAAUUCAACAGACAUCAUCGAGAACUGGAUGACCGUGCAAAACUUGUGGAUUUAUCUGGAAGCUGUCUUUGUGGGAGGAGACAUUGCCAAGCAACUGCCCAAGGAAGCCAAGCGCUUUUCCAACAUAGAUAAAUCCUGGGUGAAGAUCAUGACUCGGGCGCAUGAAAUGCCAAACGUGGUCCAGUGCUGUGUUGGAGAUGAGACCCUGGGGCAGCUCCUGCCACACCUGCUGGACCAGCUGGAAAUAUGCCAGAAAUCCCUUACUGGAUACUUGGAGAAAAAACGCCUCUGCUUUCCUCGAUUCUUCUUCGUGUCGGAUCCUGCUCUUCUGGAGAUCCUGGGGCAGGCCUCGGAUUCCCACACUAUCCAAGCCCACUUGCUGAAUGUAUUUGACAACAUCAAAACGGUCAAGUUCCAUGAGAAGGUGUAUGAUCGGAUUCUGUCCAUCUCCUCCCGGGAGGGGGAGACCAUCGAGUUGCACAGACCUGUGAUGGCCGAGGGCAACGUGGAGGUGUGGCUCAAUUCUCUCCUAGAGGAAUCACAGUCUUCAUUACACCUUGUGAUUCGCCAGGCAGCUGCAAAUAUCCAAGAAGCAGGGUUCCAACUGAUCGAAUUUCUUUCUUCCUUCCCUGCUCAGGUUGGAUUAUUAGGAAUUCAAAUGAUAUGGACACGGGAUUCAGAAGAAGCCCUUAGAAAUGCCAAAUUUGAUAAAAAAAUCAUGCAGAAGACCAAUCAGUCCUUCUUGGAGCUGCUAAACACACUGAUAGACAUCACUACGAAGGAUCUGAGUCCCAUGGAGCGAGUGAAAUAUGAGACUUUGAUUACUAUUCAUGUGCACCAGAGGGACAUCUUUGAUGACCUGUGUCACACGCACGUCAAGAGCCCCACGGACUUCGAGUGGCUGAAACAGUGCAGAUUUUAUUUCAAUGAAGAUACUGACAAGAUGAUGAUUCACAUCACCGACGUGGCUUUCGUCUAUCAGAAUGAAUUUUUAGGCUGCACUGACAGGCUUGUCAUAACUCCUCUCACGGACAGGUGCUACAUCACCUUGGCCCAAGCUCUGGGAAUGAGCAUGGGGGGAGCCCCGGCAGGACCCGCGGGGACAGGCAAGACGGAAACCACCAAGGACAUGGGACGGUGCCUGGGGAAGUACGUCGUGGUUUUCAACUGCUCAGACCAGAUGGACUUCCGAGGACUUGGGCGGAUAUUUAAAGGACUGGCCCAGUCUGGAUCCUGGGGUUGUUUCGACGAGUUCAACCGGAUCGAUCUGCCCGUUCUCUCGGUGGCAGCCCAGCAGAUUUCCAUUAUUCUCACGUGUAAAAAGGAGCGUAAAAAAUCUUUUAUCUUUACUGAUGGAGACAAUGUGACCAUGAACCCUGAAUUUGGACUCUUUCUAACUAUGAAUCCUGGCUAUGCUGGGCGGCAGGAGCUCCCAGAAAACUUGAAGAUCAACUUCCGCUCUGUGGCCAUGAUGGUCCCCGACCGGCAGAUCAUCAUAAGGGUGAAGCUGGCCAGCUGUGGCUUCCUUGACAACAUUGUUCUGGCCAGGAAGUUUUUCACACUCUACAAGCUGUGCGAGGAGCAGCUUUCGAAGCAGGUCCAUUAUGACUUUGGCCUGCGUAACAUUCUGUCAGUCCUGCGGACAUUGGGGGCAGCAAAAAGAGCCAACCCCACAGAUACAGAAUCUACUAUUGUCAUGCGUGUGCUACGAGACAUGAAUCUGUCUAAAUUGAUUGAUGAGGAUGAACCCUUAUUUUUGAGUUUAAUUGAAGAUCUCUUCCCAAAUAUCCUUCUGGACAAGGCAGGUUACCCUGAACUGGAAAUGGCAAUCAGCAGACAGGUGGAAGAAGCUGGCUUAAUCAACCAUCCUCCUUGGAAACUGAAAGUCAUCCAGCUGUUUGAGACGCAGAGGGUCAGGCAUGGAAUGAUGACUCUGGGGCCUAGCGGAGCAGGGAAAACCACCUGCAUCCACACCUUGAUGAAGGCCAUGUCAGAUUGUGGAAAACCACACCGGGAAAUGAGGAUGAAUCCCAAAGCAAUUACCGCCCCCCAGAUGUUUGGUCGGCUUGAUGUGGCCACAAAUGACUGGACUGAUGGAAUAUUUUCUACCCUUUGGAGGAAAACGCUGAGAGCUAAGAAAGGAGAGCAUAUCUGGAUAGUUCUUGAUGGUCCAGUCGACGCCAUCUGGAUUGAAAAUCUGAAUUCCGUUUUGGAUGAUAAUAAAACCCUAACCCUUGCCAAUGGCGAUCGGAUUCCUAUGGCUCCAAAUUGCAAGAUCAUUUUUGAACCUCAUAACAUUGACAAUGCUUCUCCGGCUACUGUCUCAAGAAAUGGAAUGGUUUUCAUGAGUUCUUCUAUCCUUGAUUGGAGUCCCAUUCUUGAGGGAUUUCUUAAGCAACGCCCGCCUCAAGAAGCUCAAGUGCUGCGCCAGCUGUACACGGAGUCUUUCCCAGAGCUGUACCGCUUCAGCGUUCAGAACCUGGAGUACAAGAUGGAGCUGCUGGAGGCCUUCGUGAUCAGGCAGAGCGUGGACAUGCUGCAGGGCCUGAUCCCUCCCAAGGAGCAGGGCGGGGAGCUGAGCCCCGAGCACCUGGGCCGGCUGUUCGUGUUCGCGCUCAUGUGGAGCGUGGGAGCCGCGCUGGAGCCGCACGCGCGCCGCAGGCUGGAGCUCUGGCUGCGCGCCCGGCCGCCCGCGCUGCCCCUGCCGCCCGAGGGCCCCGGCGACGGCAUGUUCGACCACUACGUGGCGCCCGAUGGUACCUGGAUGCACUGGAACACACGUACCCAGGAAUAUGUGUAUCCAUCUGAUACUACCCCAGAGUACAGCUCCAUCCUGGUGCCAAAUGUUGACAAUGUGAGGACUGACUUUCUAAUUAAAACCAUUGCUAAACAGGGCAAGGCUGUACUAUUAAUUGGUGAACAAGGAACAGCCAAGACUGUCAUAAUCAAAGGAUUUAUGUCAAAAUAUGAUCCUGAAAGUCACAUGAUCAAGAGUCUGAACUUUUCUUCUGCCACCACUCCACUGAUGUUUCAGAGGACCAUAGAGAGCUAUGUGGACAAACGCAUGGGUACCACGUAUGGCCCUCCUGCGGGAAAGAAGAUGACUAUUUUCAUCGAUGAUGUGAAUAUGCCAAUAAUCAAUGAGUGGGGAGAUCAGGUUACUAAUGAGAUAGUACGGCAGCUAAUGGAACAAAAUGGAUUCUAUAACUUAGAGAAGCCUGGAGAAUUUACCAGUAUUGCAGACGUCCAGUUCUUGGCAGCCAUGAUCCAUCCUGGGGGUGGACGCAAUGAUAUACCCCAGAGACUCAAGAGGCACUUCUCCAUAUUCAACUGCACGCUGCCCUCCGAGGCGUCCAUGGACAAGAUCUUUGGAGUGAUUGGGGUAGGCCACUACUGCACCCAGAGGGGUUUCUCAGAGGAAGUGAGAGAUUCAGUGAUGAAACUGGUGCCCCUGACACGCCAACUGUGGCAGAUGACCAAGGUUAAAAUGCUCCCCACUCCAGCGAAAUUCCAUUACGUGUUUAACCUCCGAGAUCUUUCUAGGAUCUGGCAAGGAAUGCUGAACACUACUUCAGAGGUCAUUAGAGAACCAGCCGAGCUGUUCAAGCUGUGGAAGCACGAAUGUAAACGUGUGAUAGCGGAUCGUUUCACCGUGUCUGAUGAUGUGACCUGGUUUGAUAAGACUUUAGCAAGUUUGGUACAGGAGGAGUUUGGCGAAGAGGAAAAACUCUUGGUGGAUUAUGGAAUCGAUGCUUAUUUUGUGGAUUUCUUAAGGGAUGCACCAGAAGCUACAGGUGAAACAUCUGAGGAGCCUGAUGCCGAAAUGCCCAAAGUGUAUGAGCCAAUUGAAUCUUUUCAUCAACUGAAAGAGCGUUUGAAUCUGUUCCUGCAGCUGCAUAAUGAGGGUGUCCGCGGCGCUGGCAUGGACCUGGUGUUCUUUGCGGAUGCGAUGGUGCACUUGGUCAAGAUCUCUCGAGUCAUUCGUACUCCUCGGGGAAAUGCCCUCCUGGUCGGGGUGGGCGGAUCAGGAAAGCAGAGCCUGACAAGGUUGGCUUCAUUCAUUGCUGGCUAUACUUCCUUCCAGAUCACUCUGACAAGAUCCUACAACACAUCAAACCUGAUGGAAGACCUAAAGGUUCUGUAUAGGACGGCUGGUCAGCAAGGGAAAGGAAUCACUUUUAUUUUCACGGACAAUGAGAUUAAAGAGGAGUCAUUUCUGGAAUACAUGAACAAUGUUUUAUCAUCCGGUGAGGUCUCCAACCUGUUUGCUCGUGAUGAAAUUGACGAAAUCAAUAGCGAUCUGACCUUAGUCAUGAAAAAGGAGCACCCCAGGCGCCCUCCUACCAAUGAGAACCUGUGUGACUACUUCAUGUGCCGCGUCCGAAGCAACCUUCACAUAGUGCUCUGCUUCUCUCCCGUGGGGGAGAAAUUCCGAAAUCGAGCUUUGAAGUUCCCUGCCCUUAUUUCAGGGUGCACGAUUGACUGGUUCAGCCGAUGGCCUAAGGACGCCCUAGUUGCUGUGUCCGAACACUUCCUUUCUUCCUAUGAGAUUGACUGCAGUUUGGAAACCAAGAGGGAGGUGGUCCAAUGCAUGGGCUCCUUCCAGGACGGGGUGGCUGAGAAGUGUGUGGAUUAUUUCCAGAGAUUCCGACGUUCCACCCACGUGACCCCCAAAUCAUACCUCUCCUUUAUUCAGGGCUAUAAGUUCAUUUAUGGAGAAAAGCGUGUCGAGGUGCAGACCUUGGCCAACAGAAUGAAUACCGGUUUGGAAAAGCUGAAAGAAGCUUCAGAGUCAGUUGCAGCCCUGAGCAAAGAACUGGAAGUAAAAGAAAAGGAACUCCAGGUGGCCAAUGAGAAAGCCGACAUGGUCUUAAAAGAAGUGACCAUGAAAGCACAGGCUGCCGAAACAGUCAAGGCUGAGGUACAGAAGGUGAAGGACAAAGCCCAGGCCAUUGUAGACAGUAUCUCUAAAGACAAAGCCAUUGCUGAAGAAAAACUCGAAGCAGCCAAACCAGCUUUAGAAGAAGCAGAAGCAGCCUUGCAGACGAUCAAGCCUUCCGACAUCGCGACUGUCCGCACGCUGGGCAGACCCCCUCACCUUAUCAUGCGGAUCAUGGACUGUGUGCUGCUGCUGUUUCAAAGGAAAGUCAACGCCGUGAAAGUCGACCUGGAGAAAAGCUGCACUGUUCCUUCCUGGCAGGAAUCUCUGAAACUGAUGACUGCCGGGAACUUUUUACAGAACUUACAGCAAUUCCCCAAAGACACAAUCAACGAAGAAGUGAUAGAAUUUCUGAGCCCUUACUUUGACAUGGCGGACUACAACAUUGAAACUGCUAAACGCGUGUGUGGGAAUGUAGCAGGUCUUUGUUCCUGGACCAAAGCCAUGGCUUCCUUCUUUUCUAUAAACAAAGAAGUUCUGCCUCUGAAGGCCAACUUGGUGGUGCAGGAGAAUCGCCACGUCCUGGCAAUGCAGGAUCUGCACAAGGCCCAGGUUGAGCUGGAUGAGAAACAAGCAGAACUCGAUGUGGUGCAGGCCGAGUACGAACAGGCCAUGACUGAGAAGCAGACCUUGCUUGAAGAUGCAGAGCGGUGCAGACGUAAGAUGCAGACGGCGUCCACGCUCAUCAGUGGCUUGGCAGGUGAAAAGGAAAGAUGGACAGAGCAAAGUAAAGAGUUUGCAGCCCAAACCAAAAGACUCGUAGGUGAUGUAUUGUUGGCUACAGCUUUUCUGUCUUAUUCUGGUCCAUUUAACCAAGAAUUUCGAGAUUUGCUGCUAAAUGAUUGGAAGAAAGAAAUGAAAUCCAGGAAAAUUCCAUUUGGGAAGGAUCUAAAUCUCAAUGAGCUAUUGAUCGAUGCCCCCACUAUUAGUGAAUGGAACAUCCAGGGUCUGCCCAAUGAUGACCUGUCCAUUCAGAAUGGAAUCAUUGUCACAAAGGCAUCACGCUACCCUCUGCUAAUCGACCCACAGACUCAAGGCAAGAUCUGGAUCAGAAACAAAGAAAGCGGCCAUGAACUCCAGAUCACUUCUCUCAAUCACAAGUACUUCAGAAACCACCUGGAGGACAGCCUCUCUCUUGGGAGGCCCUUGCUCAUUGAAGACGUCGGGGAGGAACUAGAUCCAGCUUUGGAUAAUAUUUUGGAAAGAAACUUCAUUAAAACCGGAUCCACCUUUAAGCCAUGCAUGUUAACUUUUGAUGCCCUGGAAAGAGUUGCUAAUUUAGGAAGGAAACACAUUUAUAUAAAUUUUCAGGAAUUAGAGAAAGAAAGAACUCUUCUUAUGGAAGAUGUAACCGCGAACAAAAGGAGGAUGAAGGAACUAGAAGACAAUUUGCUUUGCCGCCUGACCAGUACGCAGGGGUCCCUGGUGGAAGACGAGAGUCUCAUCGUUGUGCUGAGUAACACCAAAAAGACAGCUGAGGAGGUGACCCAGAAGCUGGAAAUUUCUGCUGAGACAGAAAUUCAAAUUAACUCAGCACGGGAGGAAUACAGACCUGUUGCUACGCGGGGCAGCAUCCUCUACUUCCUCAUCACCGAGAUGCGCUUGGUUAAUGAGAUGUAUCAGACUUCGCUCCGCCAGUUUCUAGGCUUGUUUGACCUUUCCUUGGCCAGGUCUGUCAAGAGCCCCAUUACGAGCAAGCGGAUUGCUAAUAUCAUCGAGCACAUGACCUACGAGGUUUACAAGUACGCUGCCCGCGGGCUGUAUGAGGAGCACAAAUUCCUGUUUACCUUGUUGCUGACACUGAAGAUCGACAUCCAGAGGAACCGAGUGAAGCAUGAAGAGUUUCUCACUCUUAUUAAAGGUGGUGCCUCACUGGAUCUUAAGGCAUGUCCUCCCAAACCAUCCAAAUGGAUCCUGGACAUGACUUGGCUGAAUUUGGUGGAACUCAGCAAGCUUAGACAGUUCUCAGACAUCCUUGAUCAGAUAUCAAGAAAUGAGAAAAUGUGGAAAACUUGGUUUGAUAAGGAAAAUCCUGAGGAGGAACCUCUUCCUAAUGCCUAUGAUAAAUCUCUUGACUGCUUCAGACGUCUUCUCCUUAUUCGGUCCUGGUGUCCGGACAGAACCAUUGCCCAGGCCCGAAAGUACAUCAUGGAAUCCAUGGGUCAAAACUAUGCCGAAGGAGUUAUCUUGGACUUGGAAAAGACAUGGGAGGAAUCUGACCCACGGACGCCACUCAUCUGUCUCCUCUCUAUGGGCUCAGACCCUACAGAGUCCAUCAUUGCCUUGGGGAAGAGAUUGAAAAUAGAAACUCGUUUCGUGUCCAUGGGCCAGGGCCAGGAGGUCCACGCACGAAAGCUCUUGCAGCAGACCAUGGCAAAUGGAGGAUGGGCGCUUUUACAGAACUGUCACUUGGGACUUGAUUUCCUGGAUGAACUCAUGGACAUAAUUACAGAAACUGAGACAGUGCACGGCGCUUUUCGCCUGUGGAUGACCACUGAGGUUCACAAGCAGUUUCCCAUUACACUCCUUCAGAUGUCCAUUAAAUUUGCCAACGAGCCUCCACAAGGCCUCCGGGCGGGACUCAAGAGAACAUAUGGUGGUGUGAGCCAAGACCUGCUGGAUGUGAGUGCGGGGGCGCAGUGGAAGCCCAUGCUGUACGCGGUAGCCUUCCUGCACUCCACGGUCCAGGAGAGGCGCAAGUUUGGUCCCCUGGGGUGGAAUAUUCCCUAUGAAUUUAAUCAGGCGGACUUCAAUGCCACUGUGCAGUUCAUCCAGAACCACUUAGACGACAUGGAUAUCAAAAAGGGCGUCUCCUGGACCACUGUCCGCUACAUGAUAGGAGAGAUUCAGUAUGGAGGCAGAGUCACUGAUGACUAUGAUAAGAGAUUGUUGAACACCUUUGCAAAGGUUUGGUUCAGUGAAAACAUGUUUGGACCAGAUUUCAGCUUUUACCAAGGAUAUAAUAUCCCGAAAUGCAGCACCGUGGAUAACUAUCUUCAAUAUAUCCAGAGCUUGCCGGCCUAUGACAGCCCCGAGGUGUUUGGGCUGCACCCCAAUGCCGACAUCACCUACCAGAGCAAGCUGGCCAAGGACGUGCUGGACACCAUCCUGAGCAUCCAGCCCAAGGACAGCUCUGGUGGAGGGGACGAGACCCGGGAGACUGUGGUGGCACGGCUGGCUGAUGAUAUGCUGGAGAAGCUGCCUCCAGACUACAGCCCAUUUGAAGUGAAAGAGAGGCUGCAGAAGAUGGGGCCAUUCCAGCCGAUGAACAUUUUCCUCCGGCAGGAGAUAGACAGAAUGCAGAGGGUGCUCAGCCUUGUCCGCAGCACCCUGACUGAGCUAAAACUUGCUAUUGAUGGCACCAUCAUCAUGAGCGAAAAUCUGCGAGAUGCAUUGGAUUGCAUGUUUGAUGCCAGAAUUCCUGCUCGUUGGAAAAAAGCUUCAUGGGUUUCCAGUACGCUGGGUUUCUGGUUUACUGAACUUCUAGAAAGAAACUGCCAGUUUACCUCCUGGGUUUUCAAUGGUCGACCCCAUUGUUUUUGGAUGACAGGCUUUUUCAACCCCCAAGGAUUUUUAACAGCAAUGCGACAGGAAAUAACUCGGGCCAACAAAGGCUGGGCUCUGGACAAUAUGGUGCUUUGUAAUGAGGUCACCAAAUGGAUGAAGGAUGAUAUUUCUGCCCCUCCCACAGAGGGUGUCUACGUCUAUGGCCUCUAUCUUGAAGGUGCUGGCUGGGACAAGAGGAACAUGAGACUCAUUGAAUCCAAACCCAAAGUGCUCUUUGAGCUGAUGCCUGUCAUAAGGAUUUAUGCAGAAAACAACAGUGUAAGAGAUCCUCGGCUUUACUCCUGCCCCAUCUACAAGAAGCCAGUUCGAACAGACUUAAACUACAUUGCAGCGGUGGAUCUCAGGACUGCCCAGGCCCCGGAACACUGGGUACUCCGAGGAGUCGCCCUCCUCUGUGACGUCAAGUAAUGUGGGAGUGUCCUGAUGUAAAACCCACAUCAUCCUUGCUUUUAUUCCCCGAAACGCUGGACAGUGUAUGAAUCAGGUUUCUCCUGCCAUUAAUGGAUGCACAGCCUCCCCCAACUCCUUGGAUGUUUAGGUUAAUUUACCUCUUCAUUGGUACAUUUAGGUACAUUUACCUUUUCAUUGUUAGUGACCAAGCUCUGUAUUUGUUUAAAUUUUUUUUUUAGUCAUUUAAAAGCAAAAUCUACAACCUCCUAAUGAAAUUGGCCCUCAGAUCUACACUAGAUUAAUCCACUAUAUUAAGCAGAAGGUAUUCAGGUUCUCUAAGGUAGCACAGUAAGUUUUUGCAGAUUUUGCUUCUAUUGCUGUUUACAUUGGGGUCAGGUUAAGAGAUUUAUUUUCAGGGCUUUAAGCAGCUAAUUAAAAAGGACUUUUGAAAAUGGAAGGAAAUAGAAUGGGUUAAGAAUGCCAAUAGAUUAUUCAUGUAAACCUAUAAAAUAAACAUGCGAAAGAAUGUUUAAUCCCAUUUAUAAUUAGUAAUUAGUAACUAAUUGAUGUCUCAUAACUAAAAAAAAAAAUAGUUGAAAGAGAAUCACAGUGUGGUGUCUGUAAAACUGACACACUCUAAAAUUUCUAGAGCCAUGUAAAUUGACCCAACCAUUUUAUAAAAUAAACAGAGAAUGAACCAUUAACAUGUUCACAUUCUUUGAUUCUUAUUUUCUCUCCAUCAAGGAAACAAUUUAAAUAACUGAAAGCAAAUGACUUAUAGAGUUAUAUUUAACAACAGAAAAAAUUGGAGUGCCCUAAAUACUCGGUAGUAAAGCUAUGCUUUAUUGAAAAUUUCAUAAUGUGGAGAUGGCAAACACGUGAUUAAGUGAAAGAUAUAGGUCACAAAAUAUGUAGCACACACACUAUUAUUAUAACUGUAGCAAAAAUCAGGCAAUAACAUGGAAAAAUAAAGUCAGGUGAAAAACAAUUGACUUGAAAAAAUAUAAUAAUUAGAAGAAAAUAUAGGAAGAAGAUAAAUGUUUUAUAGUCUGGGUAUUUCACAAGGGCUUUUAUUAAGUAGGAAAAACAUUAUGUAAAGAUUUUUUUCAUUCAUUUUACUUUAAAUUUGUUGCAAAUUAUGAACUGCUUCAUCUAUAAACUAUUGUCUAGAAAAAUUGGUCAGUACUAAGUUAGAAUUGUGGUUUUCAGAUGUUUGGUUAGCUCUAGAUCUGCGAACUGCAUGUUUCUCUGUGAUAACAGGUUUCAUGGAGGUGAGCCUGCCAGGAGACAGGCUCUGGUCCCCUUCAUUAGGCUAUGGUCUGUGACCAAUCCCAUUAUUUUAUGCUAAUUAGGAUGAGAUCUAGGCUUGAGUAGUUGAUAUGACUUCUGCUCUUUUUGGGUGACACUGUUCUCAUUUAAACAGCUUCCUUUGGUAUGGAUUAGUGUAUUAGUUGAUUCGUGUGAAUUGUGAUAAACCCAUCAUUUUGUUUUUAAGAGCAAAUAAUGAAAACGUGAGCAAGAUACAAAUUAAUAAAAGAUUGUUAAUAAA